CAAUUCUCAUCAUCAUCUUCCAUUCUACACUGAGAGAAACCGAGAGCAGAGCCGCGCACAGGGAGCUCGGAGAAAAUUUUCAUAGCUCGAUUCUUGAGCUACAGUGAUCCAAAAAUCUCGUAAGUAAUGCAUAAUUCAUCCAUACAUCGUGAUUUAUCGAUUUAGAGAUUUAAAAUGAGUUUUUGGAUCAGGAAUUUCUUGAAUUCCCGAUAAGCCAAAUUAGGGUUUCGGAGUAUCCGAAAGCCGGAUUGAGCCCAAAUUUCAUAUAGAGCUUACUGCACCGAGGUAAUCAAUCCUCUAGUUCUAAUCCCUGAAUUUCGGCAAUUAUUUAGGUCGAGGUCCAAACCGCUCAAUUUAGCUCCGGCCAGGGUUUGAUGUGUUUUUAUCAAGAAUUUGACCCGGAGCCUAGAACUAAUAUUGACGGGGACACUGCAGGGGAUAUUAGGACGGUCUUGGAUUUUAAUUCGGGGUUCGUUCGUGAAAUUGACGUUUUAGUACGGGAAGGUUAAACCGGUGUUUGAACGACCAGAACUGGUGAGGGAUUAGCACGGCAUACCGGGUUUGUCGUAUCACGAUAAUUAUAUUGAUGCUUAGAAUUGAUCUAGGUGAACUAGAAUGGCAUGAUUAAGGGUGUAUGAACUUUUCUGUUAUAUGAUGAAUCAUGGACUACUGUAUGAUAUUAUUGACUUGCCCUAAUCGAGAUGGACCUUGUUUAUGCCGAUGAUUUCGUAUAUGUUGCAAAUUGUGGGCUUGACUGUUGAUAUGCCUUAUGAUGGUUCGAAAAGGUGUUUGGGUAUGAUUUUUCAUGAUUGUUGUAUUUGGAUGCACAUGUGGGAAAAUAUAUAUUCCCUGGUGAUAUUAUGACAUUUAAGGAGGAUGACUGGCACGAGGGUUUAUCCCGAGGAAGUGCAAUUAUACGACUCCUGAUUUACCUAUGUUGAGUCAAUUGUGGCAAGGUCAAGUACAUGUGCAAGUAAUGAAUUAUGAUUAAGCAAGAUGAGAUAUGAAUCAUGUACAAGGAUACCAAAUAUGAGUGUUGUGGUCUCACGGUCAACUACAUAGUAAUUAGGGCUCCCUAUGCUAUUACUCUAUUAUGAUAUGUAUGAUAGUCACACCUCUCAUGUGGUGGUGACUGAAGAAUUCUUACGAGAUAUGACCACACCCAGAGUGGUGUCGGGGUAUGACUACACCCAUAGUGGUGUGGGGUAUGUAUGACCACAUCCGAUGGGAUGUUGGGGUAUGUAUGACUACAUCCGACGGGAUGUGGGGUAUGUUUCCCGGGAGAGUUAUUAGCAUGGGAGUAGCCAGGCGCCUAUAAGUAAAACAUAAUAAGAUGCAUAUGCAUAAGUCAAGGUGGUUGAGUCUUUUGCCUAUUGGGAUGUCGGAGGGCUGAGAUCUGAUCCCAGUGCUUUGGCUUGUUUGCUAGAUGUAUGAUGGGGGUAUGCUCUGUUAUGAACUCACGAUGCUAUGAUUAUCUCACUCAGCUAUGAGCUGACCCUCUUUUAUUCUUCUUCUCUGCUUAUGCUAUGUGUAAGCAGAUCAUCAGCAACAGCAGUAGAUAGGUGCAUAGGUGGGAGCUGAGCAAGAGUUGAAGGCAGGAUGAGGUAUGGUCUUCAACUAUUCUGUGCUUGUACUACUACUCGGGAUUUUGGCCAGUGAUCCACACCUUUUUGUAAAAGAAUGUUUUGAGAACGUUUUUCAUGUGCAUACUAGCUUCUGAUGUAGUGUGAGAUAUCCACAGGUGUGGAAAGUUGAUGAUAUGUGUAUAUGUUGUGUAACUGUGUAAGUUGUGACGAUUACGGUAGGUAUAAGUUUGGUAUGCAGUUGUGUAGUAUGAAACUGUGACUAUGGCUAAGAAAAGCCAAUGCAUAUGGUUGUGAGUAUAUAUGUUUGUGAUGAGUUAUUUUGCAGGUUUUAGUUACAAUAACUGUUAGCCCAUUUCGCGAGUAAUUCAUGUCAAAAUUUUAUUUAGGUAAAUUUUGAUAAUUAAUGUAACACCCGAGAUUAAUUCCGCUGCAAUUGUAUGAACAAUAUGAUUAGGUAAUACAUAUAGGGUAGGGUGUUACAAGACGUCACCAACGCAACCCUAGAUGGAACACAAAUGAGAAAAUCUAACCAAGGACCGAGGUUUGCUCUGAUACCAUAAUAAAUUCGACAAAUAAAUAACGAACACACAAGACCAAUUUAUGUGGUUUCCCCAUUCAAUGAGCAGGAGACUAGUCCACGGAGAGCAUGAGCUCUCAGUUCUUUUUUAUUGAUGUGAGUUUUAAUACAGUAGUCAGCCAUAAACAGGAAACAAGGCCUUAAAUAUGAAAGACUUAAACCUAAUACCCUUAGAGACAAGUGUUUCGGGAUUAGGAGGAAGGAAAUAAUAAAUGACAAAAACUAACCAGCCGGGUUGGAAACCUGGCCUGACCCAAUGAUCCGUAAUAUUUUGCAUCCCUGAGAAGUGAAGUAAAGAGGGGAGGAGCGGUGGAAGGAUUGUCUAAUAGGGCAAUUCGUCGGUUCUAAUCCGAAGAUUGGUCUUCUGUAGUAGUGGGCAACGAGUCUUUGGGAAAGGGAUAGCCAGGUGAAGGUUUCUAGAUUUGGUCCCAAGCUGUUAGUCAUCCAAUUCCGGUUGGCCGGUACUAGUAAAUGGGUUUUCGUUAGGGGUUGUGGCAUUAUCAAGGUAACUAGAUUUAUUUCAGUAAAUGGGCUCCUGGUAUUUAGCCGGUGGCACCUCUGCUGGAAGUUAUACCAAUUUGGGUUAGAAUUUUGGGUAUUCCAUUUGAAUAUCACUCAUUUGAAGGCAUUGAAUGGGUCUCAAGUACAAUAGGCCGCUCUGUUUGGAUGGAUCAGACAACAAGGGUUGGAAAUCAACUUGGUUGUGCAAAAGUUUGUGUUGAUUUAGCGGCAGAUUGUGGGUUUCCGUCUCAAGUUAAUUUGUAUCCUGAUGAGGACCCUUCGUUUGAGAUUGAAGUUGAGUACCUGAAUAAACCUUUGGUGUGUUCGAAAUGUGAGGUGUAUGGCCAUAAUUGUGAUAAAUUGGUGUCUAGUGGGAAGUAGUGGAUUCCUAAGGUCAAGAGUGCUAAGGCGGGUGGUGAUAAUUGUGAAAGUGUAGAAGGGAAGGCAGUUGAGGAAGGGUAUUCUGAUAUGAAUGGGAAGCAAAUGAUGAGCAGUGAAGAACCAGAAAGUGUUACAGAAAACUCGUGUGCUAAUGAGGUGGUUGAUAAUGUAAUGGAGGUUGUUAUUGACUGCGUCCCUACGAAAAUGGGGGAUCAGGUAGUGAGUUUUGCUGAGAUAGUUAAAGGGUCGCCAGUUGGAACUGGAAACCCUGAAGCUACUCAACUUGAGGUUGCUGAGGGGCGCUUACCAGAUGAUGGGAGGUGUUAUAACUGCGCUGCUGCAGAUCGAGAAAUCACCGGAAUUGACAAAUAAAGAACACAAAAAACAUAAAGCAGACGACACACGAUUUACGUGGUUCACUAACACAAUGCAUUUUAGCUAGUCCAGGGGCAGGAGAGCCAGAUUCACUAUAUCGAGGAGAUUAUAGAGAAGUAUGAAAAGUAUUUAUAGUACUUCUCCUAGGUCUAACCCUAAUCUAAUCUAAUAAAGGAAAAGCGGUUACAACCAGAUGCCGAAUCCAAAUAACAGUGAGACCCCCAAUUAUUCCACUCGUAGCGGUUGAUAGUCCAAUUCAAGUCACAUCAACAAAUCUCCACCUUGACUUGAAUCCUCUUCCUCUAAAAUAUCUUAUGUACUCUGCUCUUUCUCUCUCCUGCCAUAAAAGCCUCGUAGGGCGGAGUCACCCACUCAAGACAAUCAACAAGUCCAAGCAGUGUUGGAGCUUGCCAUGUGGAACCGGCUUCAUGAACAUGUCGGCAGGAUUAUCCGCGGUGCCAACCUUCUUCACCUUAAUCCUCUUCUAUGUCCUCAAGAAAUGAUACCUCACGUCGAUGUGCUUAGUCCUCUCAUGGUGGACUUGAUAUUUGGCCAAGCAUAUUGAACUCAAACUGUCGCAAUACACCACUGCCUGAUCAUGAUGUAAACCCGGAUCACCAACCAGUCCCUUCAACCAUAUUCCCUCCUUAACAACUUCUCUCAACACUAUAUGUGUGUGAGGCAUCCCACCGCCUACUUAAGGUGGAGGCACGCGUUGUGCUUAUGUAUGUAUGAAUGUAUGUUUGUAUGGUUGAUGGUAUGAGGAACCCCCAGGCGGUUGGGCCACUACUGGACGCAGUAGAUGGUCGGAUCACUGCUGGACAGCGAGACGUAACGCAGCAGUUGAUCGAGUAUAUUGAGGUCACUACUGGACGGCGAGACGUAACGCAGUAGUUGACCGGGCAUGGAAUGGACGGCGAGACGUAACGCAGUGCCAUUGCCAAGUUUGGGUAUGCAACCGGACGGCGAGACGUGACGCGGUUGGCAUACUAGGGUAGGACACCGGACGGCGAGACAUAACGCGGUGGUCCUAGUGUUUUGUGUUGAGUUAAGGAUAGAAGGCGAGAACUUCUAUGAGUUGAUGUUGAAAUAAGUGAUAACGAUGUAAUUGCACGUAUUUGCGUCCCUAAUUCUUAUCCGUUUGAGAGGCAUAGUCAUGUAUUUUGGCAUAUUUUACGCCGGUUUGUGCUAUUUUGUCAUAUUUCAGGUCCCAGGCGUCAAAGGUAAGGCUAAGCACGAGUUUCGGGGCAUUCGGAAGUCAUUUCGUCGAGCUGGAGCCAAAACACGGGCACACCUAAAGCAUUACACGGCCGUGUUCUCCCAAAGCACGGCCGUGUUCUCUCCAAAACACGGCCGUGUUCUGUGGCCGUGCUUUUACUGCCGAGAGCUAAUUCGAGUUUGGCAAACAUGAGCUGAUUACACGGGCUGAAAGCACGACCGUGUUCUCCCAAAGCACGGCCGUGUUCUCUCCAAAGCACGGCCGUGUUUCUCCCAACACAUGGCCGUGUAAUUAACACUAGCCAAAGCA